UGUUCACUCCUCCCCCUUCAAUGUGUCCUUCAGAUGAGAUCCUGUGGCCGGAGGGGGAUGAAGCUCUGCCCCCCGACGCUCAGCACCUCAUCUCCUGCCUGCUGCAGACCGACCCCCUGCGGCGCCUCGGGGCGGGGGGGGCACAGGAGGUGAAGGCUCACGGCUUCUUUGCGGCGCUGGACUGGACCGGGCUGCUACGGCAGAAAGCUGAAUUUGUGCCUCACCUGGAGUCUGAGGAGGACACGAGCUACUUCGACACACGCUCAGACCGUUACCCCCACGUCACCUCGUAUGAGGAUGAGGACACGACAGAGGAUGAACCCGUGGAGAUCCGGCAGUUCUCAUCCUGCUCCCCUCGCUUCAGCAAGGUUUACAGCAGCCUGGAGCAGCUCUCGCAGCAGACGGAGCCCAAAGCGCCCAAGGGGCGGCCCCGGGAUGAGGGGCGGCGAGACGGCAUCGCCCGGGAGCGGGGCUGGCGCACGGCGUCCCCCGAGCUGAAGCGCCCACCGGCGCCUGAGCCCCCCCCAGCCGAAGGGGACAGCAGCCCCCCCCCGGGGGCACGGCGCCGCUUCUCGGCCCUGCUGGAACCGGGACCCCCCCGCAAUGGGGCGACCCCCCGCGACGGCCCCACCGAGGGCGCCCCCGAGGAGCCAGGUGACCGGGUGCAGCCCCCCCCCUCCCGCACCGAGCUGGGGCUGCGGCGGCCGCGACACCCGGGGGUGACCCCCGAGGGGGGGGCUGAUAAACGGAGCCCCCGCGGCCCCGGGAAAGUCACCAAAUCGGCGUCAGCCACCGCGUUGUCCGUCAUCAUCCCCAGCGGGGAGGCGGCCGGCUCCUCCCCCCUGGGCAGCCCCAUGUCCCCCCGUUCUCUGUCCUCGGAUCCGUCCUCACGGGACUCCUCCCCCGGGAGGGAACUGGCCCCGGCCGUGGCUGCCCCCCGUUCCCCCAUCGCCAUCCCGAGGCCCGGCAAGAAGUUCGGCUUCACUCUACGUGCCAUAAGGGUCUACCUGGGGGACAGCGACGUCUACAGCGUGCACCACGUCGUCUGGGUCAGUGGGGAUGGGGGGCGGCACUAA